AUGGGCAAGGGCGCGCAGCAACGCACGGAGACGGACGCCUCGAGCGUCCCCGCGUCAUCCGUCGCCGACGCGGCCGCGAAGAAGAAGAAGCCGUCGCCGCCGCCGCCGCCGACGCGCGACGCCGCGCCCGCACAUGACGCGUCCUCCUCCGGCGCCGGCGCCGUCGACGGCGACGACGGCGACGAACGGUGGGAUCUCGCGCUCGUGGACGGAAGAACCGGCGGCGGGCUCCCCGCGCUGGACGACGGCUCCGCGGAGGCGCGCGCCGCGAUCGCGGAGCGCAGGCUCCUCGAGACGCAGCACGUGCUCGUCCGCGAGCGAUUCGCGCGCGAGGUGAGCGAAUCUAUCCUCGCGGAGACGACGCGCGCGCUCAGCGCGGUGCGCGCGAGCGCGAUCGAGGGCGUCGGCGGCGUCGGGCGCGCGAUCGGCGCGGGGCCCUCCCUCGCGGGGGAGACGCGCGACGGCCUGCGACGCGAGGUCGCGGCGAUGGACGCGGAGGCGGCGGCGACGCGAGACGCGCACCGACGCGAUCUCGAAUCGAGGGACGCGCGACUGCGCGAGUUGCGCGACGAGGUGACGCGGCUCGAGUCCAUCGUGUCCGCGCACGUGAACGACGGGCAGAUCGUGUUCUUGCGGCCCACGCUGACGACGAUGACGUCGGAGGAGCAGGAGGCGCUCGUGCUGUCGUCCAGGGCGCUGAUCGAGCGCGCGAGGGAGCUCGAGGCGUCGGUCUCAGAGUUGCGGAGCGUCGACGACGCGCGAUCCGCGGCGAUCGACGACCUCGUGCGCGCGAUGGCGGACAGCCGCGCGGAGCUCGGGAGCAACCUCGUCGGGUUGAAGCAGAAGCUCGCGGAUCACGGGCUGAUCGACGCGUCCGAGUACGACGACGACGCGGUGCGGGCGUUGGGGAGAGGGGCGCGAGGAGGAAUCGGAUCCGACGGCGGCGAUGAGACGUCAUCGGACGAGGACGAGGAGGACGUCGACGUCGACGGUCGGUUCGAGGACCGCGCGGGCGUGGAAUACGCGGGGCCGGCGAGCUCGCCGCUGGGGGUGUGUUUUUACGCGACCAGAGGCGGGUCGGCGUGGGACCGGUGGUUCGGCGUGCGCGCGUGAGACGGACGGCGGGAGGGACGGUUCUUUGGACGGUUGGACGUCGCGUCGGGGGGGCGUCGCCGACGCGUAGUACGAGUACGUGCUCGCGCCUGUAUGAGUAAACAGUUAGGAUGUAAAAAGAUAGGGAAAAAAAUCCAGG